AUGCGGACUCUCUUGGGAUAUCUGGUCUUGGCUGGCUCUGGCAUCCUCAAUGGUGUUCAUGCGGCCAGCCGAGACGACGAGCUUGCGCUCAUUUCAAAGCGUCGCAUUGCUGACCUGGCGCAGUUCCCUGACCCGACGUGGUUCAGUCAAAUAUCAGCCUGGUUGGACACUCAGAAGAGUGACGGAACUUGGCCCGACGUCAACUACAUGUCGGGAUGUGCAGCUCAACGCGCCAAUUGGCCGAUUCAAGUCCACUGGAAUAGAAUCAUCACCUUCGCAGCCGCGUGGUCUGGCGCCAACCCGGCUGUCGCACAGAAUUGGACUAGGAACGACAACCUCAUGGAGGCUAUUUCCAGGGGCUUGGAGUAUUGGUUCAGCAACGACUAUACUCCAGCUGACUGUAUGGGAAAUGGCGGGAAAGCGACUGGAGGCUGCCCAUGCGGUACGCCUGGUUUGUGGAACACGAACUGGUAUGGUCAGGCUAUCCUGAUCCCGCAGUUGUGCUCAACUGCGUGCUUGCUCUUGAAGGACGCAAACCUAACCAAGGACAUAACUUCUGGAUGCGAGCGUAUUCCUCGCAGGUCGUACGACUUGAGAGAUGGAGUCUACGGCAGCGGUGGCCGUAUGACUGGCGCCAAUGCGGUGCUGGUAAUGCAAAACUCGGCCAGUCUGGCUUUGUACUCGAACAACGCCACCAUACUGCAAGAUGCUUAUGCCAGGGCUAUGUCCGUCAUGACAUACGCCGACAAGACAAUGGAAGAUGGAAUCCACAGGGACGGCACGUUCCUUCAGCACAACGGCAUUCUGUAUAACGGCAACUACGGCAAAGAUCUUUUCAAUGCCUUUAUUCAACUUGAAGGUGAAGCAAUCGGCACCUCAUUCGCAGCUGGAAAUGCCACCCGAGACGCCAUCGCCGCCCAAGUAAGGGGCAAUGAGUGGAUGAUCUUUGUUGACCAGCAAACAAAACAGGAACACUGGGACUUUAAUGCCAUCGGCCGGUUUGUCGCAUUUCCCACGCAGGACCUCCAAGCAAACGCCGACAUCAACUUCAACACCACCAAGCUCGCCGGCGCGGUUGCCGAUUUCGCGGGUGCGAAUAAUGUCAGUGACACGAUUCGACGCUUAAAGUCCAAUGGAACCGAAAAGUUGGUUGGCAACAAGGGCUUCUGGGCCAGCGACUACAUGGUCCAUCGAACCAAGUCCUUUGUGCUCGGCAACAAAAUGCUCUCCACGCGGUCCCGCAACACCGAGUCCGUAAACUCUGCCAAUCCGUACGGAUAUCACCUCGGCCAGGGCACCCUCUUCUCGUACGUCGAGGGCAACGAGUACAAAGACAUCAUGGGAGCGUGGGACUGGAACCUCAUCCCCGGAACCACGACCCUGCUCAACCACACCAGUUUAUCAGCGGGCGCGUCGGCCAAUGUCGGAAAGAAGGACUUUGUCGGGGUCGUCAGCAACGGCAGGGUCGGGGCCGCGGUCCAAGAGUACGCCGAUCCUCUGGACGGAAGCAUCUCCUACCGCAAGGCGUGGUUCUACCAGGACGACUUUGUGCUCAUAACCACGCAGGACAUCAAAAAGACUGUGCCGGACGCGUCCGUCGUCACCGUCUUGGAUAAUCGCGCCUCCGCCCACGGAAAUAUCUGGGUGGACGGGAGGAAUGUGCAAGCCGACGGUGGCAGGACGGCCCGGGGCAAGACCCUUUUCUACGGAGGAAACGGAUACCUCUCGUACGGCAAGGCUUUUGACCUGACGCUAUUUGAGGGCAAGCGGACGGGCAAUUGGUCCGAGAUAUCAACUUCACCGGCUGGCGUGACCACCGUGUCUAUAUUCUCGGCAUAUGCCACCAUCGCUGAUACUUGCAGCGCGUAUGCCGUGUUCCCGGCAUCCAGCCGCGGCCGACUUGCCAAGGAGCUGGAGAAGCCGUCGGCCUCGCCCAUCAUCCAGAGCGGCAUCAGCGGCGCCGUGGGAUCCGGUAGGCUGAGUCUUGUCUUUUGGCCAGGCGGCGACGGGAGCAUCAAGCUGAGCCUUCGGGAGAUUGGCUGGGCGGAAUCGGGCUCUGUAAACAUCACCUCUGCCCAGCCUGGCUCGUACCUUUUUUCCGGCACCGGCAAGCGCGGCAAGGGCAUGACGCUGGUGGUUACGCUGUCCGACCCGACCCAGAAGGCGGCUUCGGCUUCUUUUUCGCUGAAUUUUGACGGAGCGAGGGCUAAGCUGGGCGCCGUGGCGGCAGAUGAGGGUAGAUCCGGCAACGAGACCGAGGUCAAGUAUACGGUGGAUCUGCCGACUGGUGGCAUGGCAGGAUCGUCGACAUCACGAAAGAUGUACGUGGAGUUUAGAUGA